CUCUUUUUGGAGCCAUCUGCCGGACCGAGUCCAGCUGGAAGUCUCCACGUCCUUCCUGCGGAACACACACCGAAGAGGAUCCGCCUUUAAGAGCGCCAAGCCCGGCAACAAAGAUGAUGCCACUCACGUUAAUCCUCCAGCUGGUCCUGGUGCCAGCUCUCCUGGCGGCCGGCAAAGACCGCUGGGACUCCUGGGGCUCGUACGGACAAUGCAGUCGGACCUGCGGCGGCGGGGUGAUGGUCAGAAGCAGACGCUGCAUCACUCACAGGGCCGACGGAGGACACAACUGUGUGGGACCAGAGAAGUCUUACCUCACCUGCAACACCGAGGACUGUCCAGAGGGAUCCAGGGAUUUCCGCGAAGAACAGUGCGCUCAGUUUGACGGGGAGGACUUCAAGGGCAACCGGUACACCUGGCUGCCCUAUUAUGGAGGUGACAACCCCUGUGAACUCAACUGCAUGCCAAAGGGAGAGAACUUCUUUUACCGCCACGGCGCCACCGUGGUGGACGGGACGCUGUGUCACCCCGGUCGCAGGGACGUCUGCGUGGAGGGAGUCUGCAAGCGUAUGGGCUGUGACAACAAGCUGGAGUCUCGGCAGCAGGAGGACCCCUGCCUGCAGUGUGGGGGAAGGGGACAGUCCUGCUCCCUGGUCAAGAGGUCUUUCUCCACGCAGCAUCUGACCCACGGCUACAACCAGAUGUUCACCAUCCCUGCUGGAGCCACCUCCAUCAGCAUCAGGGAGAACACGCCCACACGCAACUACUUUGCCAUUAAGAACCUGCAUGGAGAUUACUACUUGAACGGCCGUUGGUCCAUUGAGUCCUCCCGGGCGACCAACAUCGCCGGCACCGUGCUUUACUAUCAGCGAGGUGCUGAGGGAGACCCUCACACUCCUGAAACAAUCAUCGGCCGUGGACCCACCACAGAACCUCUGGUUGUGGAGCUGAUCAGCCAGGAGCACAACUCAGGAGUGCAGUACGAGUUCUACGUUCCCGUGGGACACCUCAGGGAGGGAUACACCUGGCGUUUCGGCUCGUGGUCCGCCUGCAGCGCAGAGUGUGGAUCAGGCUACCAGUCUCGAAAUGUCUUCUGCAACAUGGACAACGAGGCCUCCCCCGACUACCUCUGCGCCUCUCUGGCUCGGCCCGAGAGCAACAGAACCUGCAACGCACAAGCCUGCCCCUCCACCUACAGCUGGAAAACCGGUCCGUGGAACGCCUGCUCUGUUACCUGCGGCGCGGGCAAACAGGUGCGCAGCGUGCACUGCAGCUACCGCGACGGAUCGGCGCCCCGCACCGUGCAGGACACUUACUGCGGCCAGUACUCCCAGGCUCCGGCGGCCACGCAGAACUGCAACCUGCACCCGUGCAACGACCGUCAGGCUUCAAGACCGAACAAGAUCAGCUGGCACGUCAGCGAGUGGGGCCUGUGCUCCAGGAGCUGCACCGGCGGGUCCCGGGACCGUCAAGUGGUCUGCGCAGACCGCGAGGGCAACCGCUACCCUGCCGAGCGAUGCUACCCCCAGGCCACGCCCGCCGCCAUGGAGAACUGCAACAACCAGCCGUGCUCCCGCCCACAGGCUGUGCCCAGUUUUCACGACCGCAGAGGAUACCAGAGCUCCCACACUGGCCUGCAUUCUUACCAGCCCCAGCAUGGAGACGAACACAACAAGGCGCUCCACUGCAGUGAGUCGUAUUACGGCUGCUGCCCCGACGGCGUGUCCGAGGCUCUGGGCUACAACCAUCACGGCUGCAAUCUACCUGCUCUCAUUUCCUACCUGCCCUCCGAGAACGCCGCCGAGUGCCGCAGCACCACCUACGGGUGCUGCUAUGACCGUGCCACACCUGCUACCGGGCCCAACGGAGAGGGCUGCCGUGACCCCCCCAGUCCUUACGAGCGCUCCAUCUGCUCACUGCCCAAAGCAGCCGGUACCUGCAGCAGCUGGACCGCACGUUACUUCUACAAUGUUCUCGCCUCCAAGUGCGUGUCGUUCUGGUACGGGAGUUGCCACGGAAACAGCAACAACUUCCCGACGGAGGCCGAGUGCCAGAGGGUCUGCGAACUGUCCAACGGGAACGGACGCAACGGAAAUGACUACAACGGAAACGGCGGCGCCAACGGAAACGGUUACAACGGUAACGGCGCCAACGGAAACGGCCGCUCAAACGGAAACGGUUACAACGGUAACGGUGAGCGCACCAACGGAAACGGUGAGCGCACCAACGAAAACGGUCAGCGCGCCUACGGAAUAAGUGAGCCCAAAAACGGUGAGCGCUCCAACGGAAACGGCCGCAAUGGUGAGCGCGCCAACGGAAACGGUGAGCGUGCCAACGGAAACGGUGAGCGUGCCAACGGAAACGGUGAGCGCGCCAACGGAAACGGUGAGCGGGCCAACGGAAACGGUCAGCGCGCCUACGGAAUAAGUGAGCCCAAAAACGGUGAGCGCUCCAACGGAAACGGCCGCAACGGAAACGGACACAACGGUGAGCGUGCCAACGAAAACGGUGAGCAUGCCAAAGAAAACGGUGAGCGCACCAACGGAAACGGUCAGCGCGCCUACGGAAUAAGUGAGCCCAAAAACGGUGAGCGCUCCAACGGAAACGGCCGCAAUGGAAACGGACACAACGGUGAGCGUGCCAACGAAAACGGUGAGCGUGCCAACGAAAACGGUGAGCGUGCCAACGAAAAGGGUGAGCAUGCCAACGAAAACGGUGAGCGCACCAACGGAAACGGUCAGCGCGCCUACGGAAUAAGUGAGCCCAAAAACGGUGAGCGCUCCAACGGAAACGGCCGCAAUGGAAACGGACACAACGGUGAGCGUGCCAACGAAAACGGUGAGCGUGCCAACGGAAACGGUCGCAACGCCAAUGGCUACAAUGGAAACGGUGGCAAUGGAAAUGGCCGCCCCUACAGAAACGGUUACAACGGUAAUGGUGGCAACAGAAACGGAGAGCGGGCCAAUGGAAACGGAGAGCGGGCCAAUGGAAACGGAGAGCGGGCCAAUGGAAACGGAGAGCGGGCCAAUGGAAACGGAGAGCGGGCCAAUGGAAACGGCGAGCGGGCCAAUGGAAACGGCGAGCGGAAGAAUGGAAACGGUGAGCGGGCCAAUGGAAACGGUGAGCGGGCCAACGGAAACGGUCGCAAUGGUAAUGGCUACAAUGGAAACGGCCAAAACGGCAACAGAAACAUUGAGCGCUACAAUGGAAACAGCCGCAAUGGAAACGGUGAGCGCCCAAACGGAAAUGGCCACAAAGGCAACGGCUACAACGCAUACAGUCAGCGCUCCAACGGAAACGGUGAAAACGAAAACGGUGAAAACGGAAACGGUGAGAACGGAAAUGGCUACAACGGGAACGGCCACAAUGGGAACGUUGAAAACGGGAACGGGAACGGUGGCAACGGAAAGGCCAGUUCAGCUACGACCGCAGCCAGAAUCGCCCACAGGGCGAGAGUUUACCUGAAGGUCAAAAAGCCUUACUUGGUCCCUGCUAAUCACCACCGCCUGGUCGGAAGUUUGACGCUGGCGCCCGUGACCAUCGACCAGUCGGACCCGGACUCCGUGGAGGCUCUGGCGGGCCAGACGGUGGUGCUGCCCUGCAGAGUCAGACCGCCGCCGUCGUCCAGCGUGCUGGUGGAAUGGAGGAAGGACAAUGCUGCACUGUCCUCACGCAGGUAUCAGCAGCAGCCUAAUGGAUCGCUGCUGGUCGGUCCUCUCAGCAAGUCGGACUCGGGUUGGUUCCUGUGCGUGGCCACCAGUGGGCAGGAGAGAGACCACCGCUACGUUUACCUCUCUGUGUCAGAGGACCGGUCUGAGGCGCGGCCCACCUCCCCGCCCACACACGCCCCCCCACCUCCCAGCUUCAGCAUCGAGCGCUCGUCCUCGUCUCUGCUGGAGACGCGAGCGGGCCAGACGGCCAGACUGCCGUGUCUCGUCGUCCCCGCCUCCGCACUCAAGUCCGUCACCAUCGAGUGGACGCGAGACGGACGCGCCCUCAGCGACCCCAGGUUCGUCCAGGAGUCGGACGGCGCCCUCCUGGUUGAGCCAAUCAGGUCGGAGGACUCUGGCGUGUACACCUGCACUGCCUCCACGCGCCGUCAGCUGGAACAGAGACGCGUCCAAGUCAGAGUUCAAGCUGACCUGAGGAUCACCACGGCUCCUACCGACAUCCAGGUCCCUGAAGGCACCGCGGCCCAGCUGCCCUGUGUGGUGUCAGGAGACCACGUCAGCAUCGGCUGGUCCAGAAAUGGCGUGCCGGUGCGUCCGGACGGGCGCAACAUCCAGGUGUUGUCCGACGGCAGCCUGGUCCUGAGCCAGGUGCAGGUUUCGGACCAGGGCACCUACACCUGCAAUGCCUACACCGGCAACCACUCUGUCAGCGCCUCGGCAGACAUAACCAUCGCUAAAGGUGUGGAGGUGGUGUCUGAGUGUGUGGACCAGCCCGAGUUAGCCAACUGCCAGCUGGUGGUCUACAGUCGCCUCUGCUCCAACCAGUACUACGCCAGCUUCUGCUGUGCCAGCUGCACCCGCCAGACAUAGACACAGACACAGACGCAGGGGUAGGACCGGUACAUCACCACCAGUGACACCCGGCGUGGAGGGAGAGGA